CACAACACAACACAACACAACACAACACGAACACACGCUCCAAACAGCCAAGGGGGAAGAUUUAUUUCAAAAACAGCUCAGGACGGUUUCCCGAGAUCACCGACAACUAUGAUCUUCUUGCUAUCCUUGGGAUUGCUACUGUCCUCUCCGCUCGUCGUUUGGGGAAGAAAAAACAAAGACGGGCAGCUGUCGUGCAGGCCGGUGACGGUGGACUUCUGCGUGGACGCGGGCUACAGCACGCCGCGCCCCGCCGGCCUCCGGGAUCACGACCUGCGGCUCAUGCGGCAAAUCGUGAUGACACACUGUUCCCCGGACAUCGCCGCGUUUGCGUGCCGCGCGGUUGCACCGGAAUGCGUCGCGGGGGCUGGGCGCGCCACUGGGCCGUGCCGCGCGCUCUGUGAGCGUGUGAAGCGCGACUGCGCGUCCGCCCUCGCGGAAAGACAACUGGGCUGGCCGGAAGCGGCCCGCUGUGAUGUAUUUCCGGACGACGACUGUUUCAGCGGUCUGGGAAGCUCUCCUCCAACCCCCGCUGGGACAUGUCAGCCGAUCACUAUUCCCCUUUGUUCGGACCUGCCUUACAAAGAAACGGUCAUGCCCAGUCUAUUGGGCCACAGAACUCAGGAAGAUGCCGGUUUAGAAGUCCAUCAGUUUUACCCGCUCGUCAAAGUGGAAUGUUCCCCUCAGCUGAGGCCUUUCCUGUGCUCCGUGUACGCUCCUGAGUGUGUGUCAGGGAGAGCACGCCCGGUCUGCAAAGUGCUUUGUGAGCAGUCUCGGAUGGGCUGUCAGAGUCUCAUGGAGAAAUUUGGCUUCACUUGGCCGCAGCAAUUGAACUGUGAAGCAUUCACAACAGAGUCAUGUGAACAUUUUAACUUGACACAGUCUGAGGUGAGCAGUACUGGGGGGAUGUGCCAGCCCAUCACAAUCCCAAUGUGUGAGGGAAUUUCCUACAACCAAACCGUAAUGCCAAAUGUCCUGGGACACAAGAGUCAAACAGAAGUUGCCACCAAGCUGUCUUUUUGGGACUCGCUGGUGAAAUUGGUCUGCUCUGUGGAUAUCCGCUUCUUCCUGUGCUCGGUGUACGCCCCCCAGUGUGUGGGAGGGGAAAUGCUGUGGCCCUGCAAGUCCCUGUGUGAGAGAGUCAAACAGGGCUGUGAGAGUUUAAUGAGGAAUUUUGGCUACUCAUGGCCAAACGAGCUGAGCUGCGACUCUUUUCCAGAGGAGAAGUGCAUAGAGGAAGACAGUGCUCAUGAGGAACUGGAUGUAGAGGGUAUUCUGGCCAAGCUGAAGAACAACCGUUACACUGUUCGUGAUCAAUCCCUGAGUCUUCAGACAGCACAAAUAUUGUUGACUUUCAAGGAUGCAGACCAGUCAGGUAAACUAGAUGUGGUGGAGUUCCUCUCACUCAGUCACUACUUGGAUGUUACCAGAAGGGAAUAUGUGGAGAGCUACGAGUGGAAGAAUCAUGGCCAUGUCACCGAAGACCAGAUGAAAACUGCUCUUCGUGUCCGCAAACUCAGCUUAGAUGACGACGCUUUCUUAGUUCUGUGGCGCAGGUAUGCCUCCCAAGGUGGGAUCAAGUACGAUGACUUCAUUGCGGUCCUAACAAAGCUGAAGAUCUUGAAAGAGCGUUUCCAGGACAACCAGAUGAGUCUGCCCUGUGACUGUGAGGUUGCCAGCUUCUCCUUUAGCAAGUUUAUCAAAUCAACUAUAAUGUGACACCAUCAUGUGCCCCUCAAGAAGUGAAGUACGCUGGAACACAGGAAGCAUAUCAUUUUAUAAAAUAGGCUAAACAUCAUCAGCAGUGCCUUCAGCACAAACUUUGGAAACCACUAUAUGGUUAAAUUUACUCACUUUCUUUAUUGUCAAACUUUUAUUAUUUUACAUACUUUCAGCGCUGAAAAUGGUUGCGGGUAUGGUCAGAUGGAAUAUUGUAUGCAUGUCUAAUUUUAGUUAUGAUGUUCUUUUCUCAAGUGUUUUCUGGUCUUGUGUACUGUCCUCAGUUUACUAAAUCUACUAAGUGUAUUAGGACUCUGUCUUUUCUGCCUCUGUCAUCAGCAUCAUCAGUUGGCUCAAUUUACGAUCACCCUUUUAUACAUUUUAUGUGACAUUAAGUGUUUUAAUUUCUAUGGGGCGUCCGGGUAGCGUAGCAGUCUAUUCCGCUGCCUGCCAACAUGGGGAUCCCGGUUCGAAUCCCCGUGUUGCCUCCGGCUUGGUCAGACUUCCCUACAGACAAAAUUAGCCGUGUUUGCGGGUGGGAAGCCGAAUGUGGGUAUGUCUCCUGGUCACUGCACUAGUGCCUCCUCUGGUCGGUUGGGGCGCCUGUUCGGGGGGGAGGGGGAACUGGGGGGAAUAGCGUGAUCCUCCCAUGCGCUACGUUCCCCUGGCGAAACUCCUCACUUUCAGGUGAAAAGAAACGGCUGGCGACUCCACAUGUAUCGGAGGAGGCAUGGGGUAGUCUGCAGCCCAGCCCUCCCCAGAUCGGCAGAGGGGGUGGAGCAGUGACUGGGACAGCCCAGGAGAGUGGGGUAAUUGGCCGGAUACAGUUGGGGAGAAAAGGGUCUGUUUUAAUUUGUGGUAGAAGAAUGAUUGGUUGACCACGUUCUAAACAAUUUGAUGAUUCCCACACUAGACUUGAUGUAUUGGCUGCUGUGCAAUCUCUUGUUGGAACCAUGAGGUUAUGUUCUUAGGCAUCUUGCUUUCUUUUCAUUGUUUUUAUUUUAUUUUCAAAUAUGUUUUGUAAUUUUGUGUUCUUUUGAAGAAAACUUCUCCGACUAAGUCACAUUGGAGCGACCUGAUGGUCAAGUGUUUUGUGAUGCUGUCCAGGAGGGUCUCGAGCAAGACACUUAGAUAUGUUGCACACUGAGAUAACUGCUCCAAGGAUACUGUGAUUAGUUGGUUGGCCCUGCUGCCCCCCAACCUGAGGGUGAACAGUUUUCCACUUGGGGAAUAAAAAAAAAUUUGCAUUAA